GACACCACACACGACGAGCUGCCGGACAGACCACAGCUCAGUGAUGGGAGACUGAGGCUACUAACAGCACCACUCACUCACUCCCUCACUCACUUACUUUCUUUCAGACUGAAAUGGAAGAACCACAGAAGACAUGGCAUAAGAGCAGGUCAUGAUCCUAAACUUUCAAAACCACAGAAGAUGGAGUCAUCCAACACGAGCCUCACUGACGGGCCUGUUCAUGCCAAUGAGACUUUCACACUGCCUCAGAAGGUACUCAUCAUUCUGGGCCUGAGUUCACUGAGUCUGAUCACGAUUAUUGGCAACGUUCUUGUCAUGGUCUCUAUCAAGGUUAAUAAGAAUCUGCAGAUGGUCAACAACUACUUCCUCUUCAGCCUAGCAUGUGCUGAUCUGAUCAUUGGCCUGUUCUCCAUGAACCUUUACACUGUCUACAUCGUGACUGGCUACUGGCCUUUAGGGCCAGUUGUCUGUGACCUGUGGCUGGCUCUCGAUUAUGUGGCGAGCAACGCCUCAGUAAUGAACCUCCUCAUAAUCAGCUUUGACCGUUACUUCUGUGUCACCAAACCACUUACCUAUCCAGUCAAGAGGACUACCAAAAUGGCAGGUGUGAUGAUCGCAGUGGCCUGGAUCUUGUCCUUCAUUCUGUGGGCUCCAGCCAUCCUCUUCUGGCAGUUCUUCGUGGGAGAGCGCACUGUGGAGAAACGGGAGUGUUACAUUCAGUUCUUCUCCAACCCAGUGGUCACCUUUGGCACAGCCAUCGCUGCCUUCUACCUGCCUGUAGUCAUCAUGAGUGUGCUAUACUGGCAAAUCUCCAAAGCCAGCCGCAGCCGCAUCAAGAGGAGAGAGAGCCGGAAGACGUCCAGCAUCGGUCAGGAGAGCAGGAUUCAGCCUUUGCCGAUCACUGAGAGGAGCAAAAGAGUGACACAAUGUCAGAAAGUAGAAGACAUGGUGAGCCGAGGACAGCGCAGUGGUUCAGAUGCUACUACAGGUGAUGAUAAAGAGAGUGAAAAUGACUCCACAUCUGGCAGUGCGCUGGCCUCAUCCAAUCAGAGAGAUGAGGAGGCAGGUUCUGUAGAAACCAAUGGUGAUGUUAAGAAAGCUUCAACUAAAACCGUAUCUCAGGUGAAAGCAAGCUGGACCAAGCAGACAUGCUUCAGAACUUCAACAGGAGACAGAACAGAUGAAAGCUACGUGUCUGCCACUGCCAAUCAGAGGAGUAACCAUGGAAAAGAGAGGCAGAGUCUGGUGGCCCUGAUCCUCAUGCCUCCACACAAGAAGAAGAGGAACAGGUGCUCCUCCAGAGAGAGAAAGGUGACAAGGACCAUCAUGGCCAUCCUGGUGGCCUUUGUGGCCACGUGGACUCCAUAUAAUGUAAUGGUGUUGAUCAGCACUUUCUGCCGUAGCUGCAUCCCCAACUCCAUGUGGGCGAUGGGCUACUGGCUCUGCUACAUCAACAGCACGGUGAACCCAGCCUGCUACGCUUUGUGCAACGUAACGUUCAAGAACACCUUCAAACAGCUGCUGAUGUGCAAGUACAAAAACAUUCGCACAACCAGAUAAAACAAGGCCGAAGACUCUUAUGGUCAAAGCCUGCUUGCAUUUUGCAUUAAAUAAGGAAAAGUUCUGGGUCUAAGAGUGUGAGGUCUGUUUUGGAGCAGCACAGGUGUUAAAUGUGAGCUUUUCCAUUUUGGAAAGCAGUGUGGACGUGACAUUGAAAAAAGCUGUACAAAGCAUCACCUGCUGCAUAACAGAGAUGAUUAAUAAUUUAACAAUAGAUGAGCCACUGUCUGUCAUAUACAAAUACAAUACAUAUUCACAUACUAAAGGUUCUACCAAGAUAGUGUACUUUUGAUAAGCAAGCAAAACCAUAAGUAUCAUAAGUAUGAACUUUUUGACAUACAUAAGAUGUAAAAUGGUAUAUGCUGGCUCCCUCUAAUAGUCCAAUAGCUCUUAUGUAAUAGGAAAACUAAAGCAGAUGAUCAGAUGAGAUAUAGAGUGCUGGGUUAUUGUGGUCCCGUUGAGCAAGGCACUUAUACCACUCUGCUCCUGGUGUGCUGCAGUGUCUCUGACCCAGGCCUCUAAUGUGUGAUAUGUAAAGAAUUUUAAUAUACUGUAGAAGUACUGUAUACUUACAAUAACUGUACUUAACAUGACAUAGGUUUGAAUGAAAACAACAUAUUUAUCGUUAAAUAUGUGUACACGUGUUUGACUGCUUGGAAUAAUUUGCUAAUUUGUACAAAGUAAGUUACUACGUAAGAUGUAACACUACUUGAUUUACUGCUACUACUUUACUGAUAGUUUCUAAGGCAGUCCCAUGCAUUUGGCAUCAUGAAUACACUCUGGAUCACUGAGUAUAUGCAACUGCAAUUUCAUAAAGAUUUGUUAGACAACCUAAAGGUUUAGUUGUCAAAACCACAAGCAUAGUGAUAGCAUAGAAAAGUUAACUUAAAGACACUCACACAAACAGGGGUGAGAAUCACAGGCAUCUCAAGAGACUGUACCCACAGAAACAAUAUCCUUAUACUUUGAAUCAGUGAUAAUAGUUAUAUCAAAAGACAAUUCUCUAUGAUAUGUCACAGAAACUGUUACUAUAGAGGAUAACUACUUCUAAAUAAGUAUUUAUUACUUAAUUAUUGGGGUCAAUUUCACCAAAUCUGACAAUCAGUAUUCUUCAAUGCAGGUUUACCACAUUUAUUUGAUUUAUGCCACCACGUAAAGAAACCGUAACUUAAGUAAGUCAAAUUGGGAAUAUAUUAGUCUGUUAGAACACUUGUUUUAAUAAAAAUAUUGAUUUGACACCACAUAAAAAAUAAUGUAUAGUUAAUGUAAACUACAGCAUAUGUUGCAAUGUUGAUAUUUUGUCCCACUUCUACCUAGAAAUGCCGCUUAUGUCUUAUUUUCUUAGUGCCUUAUUUAAACAAAUUGUUUCCCAAAUAAUCAGUUUACAUUUUUCCCCCAAAAAUUAUCCCAUGAGGUUUUCCAAUAAGUAUUCAAGUGUGUAUAAUUGUUGCAGUGCAAAUGAGCAAACUUAACACAGUUAACAGAAUAACACAUCUAAGCAACACUGAGAGAAAUAUAAAUUGGAUAGUGUUUUAAAAAAAUUGCUAAUGUUCUUGAACAGCUUCAGAAACAUUAAGAUCAUCAGCCACUGUCAGUCAUACAAAUACAAUACAUAUUCACAUACUAAAAGUCCUACAAAGAACUUAUGUACUUCUGCUAAGCAAGCAAAACCACAAACCAUAAGUAUAAACUUUGUGCCAAGUAAAUAAGGUGUUAAAUGGUCUAUGUUUGGGUCCUGUAACAGUCCAAUAGUUUUUUUUAUGUAAUAGCCAAAAGACUUUCAGCAUAUUUUUGGUAUAUCAAUUUUUAGGCACUGGAAUAAAGAAAAUUAUUAAGUCCUCUUGAAUUUCCCCAAAAGUAACUGAGCAGUAAAUGUUUAGUUUUCUGUUAUUCAUAUUAACACAAGCCUUGACAUAACCUAAGCCAGUGAUUACCAGCAGAUAGCUCCUGUAUGUAUACCAUAAUUAAUGUUUCACGUGCAUUUCAUGAUUGUAUUGUUUUUCUUUUUGUGGCACAUGGACAUCAUAGACAACAGUCUACUUCAGAAUGGAUACAAACCAGUACCAAGCCUAACUAACAAUGAAUUGUUUGCA